GUAAAAUCAAAAAAAAAAAAAAGAUACAAAUCAGAGAAAUGAGUGACAAGUAAUUAACAAUAAAAAAAAUACGUUUAUAGAGGAUAAAUCAGCAUCUGAAGAUACCAAAGAAUCGACACUCAAGCGAAAGGGAUCUCUUACCGAAACGAAUCAACCAAAUAAAAUGCCAACAUUCAAUUUCAAGCCCACAACUACUUUUGGAACCGUGAGUCGUGAAGAACCGAAGAGUGUAACAGAAACAGCUACAGCAACAACAGUGACUGGUGAACAGCCAUCAAUCAAGAAAGUGACAGGUGACACUGAAAAGGAAAAGACUAGUCCAUUUACUUUACCGAAGACUACUCAACAAGCAACAGCUGUUUCAUCUAAAGAAAGUGAUAAGGCUAGUAAAUUCAGUGUGUCCACGACCGUAACACCUUCUGCGUCCAAAACAACAACGCCAGCCACUACUACAACAAUGCCGACACCAGCUCAAAAAACAACACCAAAAGAUACAUUCAAACCAUUGGUCAGCAAAGAGACACCACCAAUCACAAUCUCUUCUGCUGGCACUCCAACCAAGAGCAUUUUGAAAUCAUCAUCGACAUCAAAAGAUACAUUUGGACCAGCAAAAACAACGACACCGUCUACAGUACAAACAACAAUACAAUCCAACAUCACCAGUAUAGACCAAAUCAAAGAAUCAACACGAUUUGCCCAAUUACCCACAGAUGCUCAAUCAGUACUUCUAGAGGCCGAACAAUUUAUUAACAAUCAGCAACUACUUUCACGCAAUAUUCGAACACGUAUGGAUGCAUUUGGAGGUGAAGAUAUCAUCCAUGUCAAUACCCAAGUCUCUGAACUCUUAAAUAAUGCUAGUGCAUUGAAAGAACAAUUACAAGCACAAUUACAAAUGAUUACACGACUUGGGACUGAAAUGAAACAACAAUUGGAUGCAACGACGAUCAGCAAAGUGAUAGCCGAUCGUGGUCAUGUCAAACGAAUUUCCAUGUCAUCAGCAGAUCACCAUAGUUACUUUACAGCAUUAUAUGAAAGAUUACGUGGACAGUUGAUCGAAUUUGAAUCGGCCGUGGGACAAAUUGAACAAAGACUACAACAAGAAAUGGCAUCUGGUAAAUCUCCUCAAGAUUUGGGAAUGUUGAUCUCCUCUCAAAAUCAACUGUUCUUAUCUCUCUCGGGCAAGGCCAGCGAACUACAUCAACGGGUGCAAAGUCUUUUACUUAUACCUUGAACAUUUUGUAAAUGUAUAGUUUUCUCCAUUCUCUUUUCUUCUUCUUCUUAUUAAUUUUAUCAAUAAACGAAAAUAUAUAUCUAUUUUUCUUUGGUGAUGAU